AUGCCUUCAGCGGAGCCUAAACCAGAAGACCUUGCCGCCAUCUGGCGAGACAUCCUAGACAACGACAAAAAAAGCUGGGUGCUAUUCGAGCACGGAACUUGCGUCAUCAUCAUGGAGCCCGCCGGCGACCUGGCCACACAAGCAACAGAGCUCCUGUCAAAAUGGGGCCCUGUCCAUGUUGCGACUCCGUCUGCCGACUUCGAGUGUAUUGUGCUGGACGGGGACCCUGUGUCUGGCUGGGUUGUGACCGGGCACCAUCCUGAUGUGCUGAAUUAUAUUUUUCCUGAGGAUGCGGAGCGCGCAGGCUCGGGAGAUUUGCAGGUUGGGUUACUUGGGAGAUCUAAUCGGGAUGAUGAUGGUAACGAGUUGAAGGUUAUUCAUGUUGAGGAUAAUCGUGUUUAG